UCAGCGUUCCCUUCAUAAAAUAUCAUCAGGUCCAUUGUCUACUUGAACAUAGAAGCAAGAAGAAAUUAUUAAAGAAGAUUUCGUGAAAUUGUCUUUGAGGUCAAUCGUGCAAAGAUGCAGAUCUUCGUGAAGACCCUGACAGGCAAGACCAUCACCCUCGAGGUUGAGCCAAGCGACACCAUUGAGAACGUGAAGGCCAAGAUCCAGGACAAGGAGGGCAUCCCCCCAGACCAGCAGAGGCUGAUCUUCGCCGGCAAGCAGCUGGAAGAUGGCCGCACCCUCUCAGACUACAACAUUCAGAAAGAAUCCACCCUCCAUCUUGUGCUGCGUCUCAGGGGUGGCAUGCAGAUCUUCGUCAAGACCCUGACAGGCAAGACCAUCACCCUCGAGGUUGAGCCAAGCGACACCAUUGAGAACGUGAAGGCCAAGAUCCAGGACAAGGAGGGCAUCCCCCCAGACCAGCAGAGGCUGAUCUUCGCCGGCAAGCAGCUGGAAGAUGGCCGCACCCUCUCAGACUACAACAUUCAGAAAGAAUCCACCCUCCAUCUUGUGCUGCGUCUCAGGGGAGGCAUGCAGAUCUUCGUCAAGACCCUGACAGGCAAGACCAUCACCCUCGAGGUUGAGCCAAGCGACACCAUUGAGAACGUGAAGGCCAAGAUCCAGGACAAGGAGGGCAUCCCCCCAGACCAGCAGAGGCUGAUCUUCGCCGGCAAGCAGCUGGAAGAUGGCCGCACCCUCUCAGACUACAACAUUCAGAAAGAAUCCACCCUCCAUCUUGUGCUGCGUCUCAGGGGUGGCAUGCAGAUCUUCGUCAAGACCCUGACAGGCAAGACCAUCACCCUCGAGGUUGAGCCAAGCGACACCAUUGAGAACGUGAAGGCCAAGAUCCAGGACAAGGAGGGCAUCCCCCCAGACCAGCAGAGGCUGAUCUUCGCCGGCAAGCAGCUGGAAGAUGGCCGCACCCUCUCAGACUACAACAUUCAGAAAGAAUCCACCCUCCAUCUUGUGCUGCGUCUCAGGGGUGGCAUGCAGAUCUUCGUCAAGACCCUGACAGGCAAGACCAUCACCCUCGAGGUUGAGCCAAGCGACACCAUUGAGAACGUGAAGGCCAAGAUCCAGGACAAGGAGGGCAUCCCCCCAGACCAGCAGAGGCUGAUCUUCGCCGGCAAGCAGCUGGAAGAUGGCCGCACCCUCUCAGACUACAACAUUCAGAAAGAAUCCACCCUCCAUCUUGUGCUGCGUCUCAGGGGUGGCAUGCAGAUCUUCGUCAAGACCCUGACAGGCAAGACCAUCACCCUCGAGGUUGAGCCAAGUGACACCAUUGAGAACGUGAAGGCCAAGAUCCAGGACAAGGAGGGCAUCCCCCCAGACCAGCAGAGGCUGAUCUUCGCCGGCAAGCAGCUGGAAGAUGGCCGCACCCUCUCAGACUACAACAUCCAGAAAGAAUCCACACUCCAUCUUGUGCUGCGUCUCAGGGGAGGACCUUAAGUUUCCCCUGCUUUUUUCAAAAGUUACUGAUUUAUAGUUUUUUUUAUUCUUAAAGCCAUAAAGGCAAAAUAAAGGUAUUUCAUUUAA